UCAGCUGAACUUUGAUAACAUCAUGCUCUUCAAUAACAAGCUGCCAGUACUGAUGGUUCUGCUGACUCUUUAUGGUCAAGGCCGAGCCGAAAAAAUAAUUGGAGGCCAUGUGGCUGAGCCACACAGCAGGCCGUACAUGGUGUUCAUAAGACGACACCUGGCCAACAACGAUGAAUCUUUCUGUGAUGGAUUUCUUCUGAACGAGGAUUUUGUGCUGACUGCUGCCCACUGCCAAGCCAAGAAUUAUACAGUUUACCUCGGAGUUGAUGAUACCAAAUAUUUGAAAAAUGACAAAAUACAGGAUCGAACUGUGGAAAAAGUAUUUCCUCAUGAAAACUAUGACAAAAACGCAUUUGUUAAUGAUAUAAUGCUCCUUAAGCUAGGCUCUAAAGCGGUGAUGAACAACUUUGUGAAGCCCAUUUCUCUGGCAAGCCGUGAUGACGAGACUCUGCCCAAAUCUUGCAUCAUCUCCGGCUGGGGUCAAACCCGUCCGGAUGGAGCGAUCUCUGACAAACUCAUGGAAAUGAAUGUCACAUUGGUUGAAAAUAGCAAUUGUACUAAACUUAAAUUAUACUGUUCAGAUGGAAUAGCUAGACCUGGUAAGGGGGAUUCUGGAGGCCCACUGGUGUGUGGACAUAGCACUGCUUAUGGAGUUGUGGCAUUCAUGUCCCUAAACCCAAACGGUCAUUCAAUGGUUGCUUACACAAAGACACCUUGCUACGUUGACUGGAUCACCUCAACAAUGAAAAAGGCUCUUAGCAAGAAGUAGAAGACCUUGCCAAUUCAAUCAUGUUUCACUUUACUUUUAGUAACUUCAUUGCUGAGGGAGGAAUCUCACAUAAUGAUUGUACUGUCAGGAAAGUUUCUCUGUUUAUAAAACAAACAGAGAAACAACAUAUUAUGAACAUAAUCCAUCCAUCCAUCCAUCCAUCCAUCCAUCCAUCCAUCCAUCCAUCCAUCCAUCCAUCCAUCCAUCCAU